UUCACUUCUUCUUCAAGCCAUCUUCAUGGCACCUUCAUUCAGGUUGACUUGGGAGCCCUCGGAAUCCGCUCCAUCUCCAUUAUUCUACUUCAUUACCGCCUCUCUCUCACAUGGAACCUCCGCUUCACACUAUCACCUUAAUUGCUCUUCCCUUUGCGUGUUCUUCAAAAAGUUUGAACUUUUAUUUCCUGGGUUCCCAUUUUCCGCAACUGGGUAGUAAGUGCGGGUUUUCCAUUCCCCUGGAAGUUUUCUCACCUUUUUUCCAUGUGGACACUCGUCAUUUAGUUCAAGUUUGAAUCUUUGUGGAUGAUCUUGCUGCGGACACUCUGCGUAUGGUAGUUAUCCUGUGCACAAGUUAAUGAAAUGUCGUCUGAUUUUAAGUUAGACAUUAUUGAUCAGCAUGACCCUGAAGAACCAGGGUUAGGGAGGGGGAUGAUAUCGGAAAAAUUACUAGAUGAAAGGACUAAUGCCAUGCACACAGUUCGCAAACAAGGAAACCUGACAAUCAACAACUUUGCUACAAACGCAGAACGCAGAGCUUUGAAUGAUAGAUUUCUUCUGAAAGCAAAUAAGGCUACAAUCAGUGAUAAUGUCAGUCUUGAUGAGGAGGAAAGACAUCAUUUGCUUGGAUCAGCCAAGAAGUCUGUACCUCUUAUAUCUGGUGCAGCUUAUUGCAUUUCUUCUUGCUCCAUGAUAAUGCUGAACAAAAUUGUUCUAUCAGGUUAUAAUUUCAAUGCAGGAGUAUCGUUGAUGCUUUAUCAAAACUUUAUCAGUACUCUGGUUGUUGUUCUUUUGGCUCUCUCUGGUAGAGUUGCAGUUGAAAAGCUUAGCUGGAGGCUGAUCAGGGUCUGGAUCCCUGUCAAUGUGGUCUUUAUUGGCAUGCUUGUCUCAGGCAUGUAUAGCUUGAAAUACAUAAAUGUUGCCAUGGUGACAAUUCUCAAGAACGUGACAAACAUCUUAACGGCAAUUGGAGAAUUAUAUUUAUUUCGGAAACGUCAGAAUCCCAAAGUUUGGACCGCAAUGUUUAUGAUGAUUAUCUCUGCUGUCACUGCUGGUAUUACAGAUCUCUCCUUUGAUACAGUUGGUUAUGCCUGGCAGAUUAUCAACUGUGUUCUUACUGCAAGUUAUUCACUUACUCUUAGGUGGGUUAUGGAUGAAGCAAAAAAGUCAACAAAAUCUGGAUCUCUUAAAGAGGUGUCAAUGGUGUUGCUGAACAAUUUAUUGUCCUUACCUUUUGCCAUCAUCUUGAUUCUCCUUUUUGGAGAGUGGCAUUAUGUAAUACAUGCCGAUGUCGUUAAACUACCGAUGUUUUGGGUGGUUGCAACCGCCAGUGGACUGCUUGGACUCUCCAUCAGCUUCACCUCAAUGUGGUUCUUGCAUCAAACUGGUCCUACAACUUAUAGUCUUGUAGGCUCCUUGAACAAGAUUCCAAUCUCUAUUGCUGGAAUUUUAGUGUUCAAAGUUCCUCUCAGUGUAUCAAAUUUAUUCAGCAUUUUGUUUGGUCUUUUUGCUGGUGUACUCUUUGCAAGAGCCAAGAUAUCUUCGUAACAUUAUACCUUACAGGUUACAGUAACCUAUAUAUAAAAGUGUGUGAGAAUUAAUACAUAUAUGAUAACCAUACAGAUUUUUUAUUAAAACAUGUUGUAAUUCUUUAGUUUAUUUAUGGCUCUGUUAAUUUCAGUAAAAGAUUUUGUAAUUUCUUUCUGAUUUGAUGUAUUCUUCUUAUUC